AUUCUUUCUUGUGCAACCGGUUUGAUUUAACCGUUCAAGUUCAAUUGAUAGCUGAUAUAUUUUGAAGGUGCACUAAUGGAAGAUAGAGAAGGGGAAGGACUCUUGAGGCUAAGCCUUGCAGUUGUGUCAGAUUGUGGCGGCGAGAAGAGUAGGAAAAGGAAGAGAACGAUGUUGAAUUUUAAUCCUUUGAACUCUUAUGAGGGAAAGAUCUUCCAUCUUCUUCAAGUGAGAGAGGAGAUGUUAAAACCAGACCACAAGCGAAAAGGGGUGGUUGAGGAAGACGGUAAAGGCCUCCAUUUGAUCCAUUUACUGCUCAUAACUGCUACCGCCAUGGAUGAGAACAACGUCAGCAGCGCCCUGGAGAACCUCAUGGAGCUCUACCGGACCGUCUCGUUGACCGGUGACUCUGUUCAAAGAGUUGUCGCCUACUUCGCCGAUGGUCUGGCCGCCAGGCUCCUCACCCGGAAGUCUCCUUUUUAUGGCAUGAUCAUGAAGGAACCAACGGUAGCAGAAGAGUUCAAGGCAUACACAUGUUUGUACCAGGUUUCUCCUUAUUACCAGUUUGCUCAUUUCACGGCAAAUCAAGCAAUACUCGAGGCAUUCGAGAGGGAGUACGACGUUAACAACAAUGGAUUGCAUGUAAUCGAUUUUGACCUCUCCUAUGGUUUCCAGUGGCCGUCUCUUAUACAGUCGCUCUCCGAGAAAGCCGCCGGAGGCAACCGUAUAUCGCUUAGGUUAACUGGCUACGGAAGAACCUUGGAGGAAUUGCAGGAAACUGAGACCAGACUGAAGAAGAACGAGACGGUGGCGGUGAAUCUAUGCUUUCAUUUGAACACUCUCAACAACUCGUCAAUGAUAUCCGAUUCAUUGAAAUUGGUGGAGUCGCUUAAGCCAUCCAUUGUGAUCUUGGUAGAGCAAGAAGGAAGCAGAACCCCAAGAAGCUUCCUGUCGAGAUUCAUGGAGUCUCUACAUUACUACGCAGCCAUGUUUGAUUCCUUAGAUGAUUGUCUUCCCUUGGAGAGCGCGGAGAGGUUGAGCAUUGAGAAGAACCAUUUGGGGAAAGAGAUUAAGAAUAUGCUGAACUGUGACAAGGUGGAGGAUCCAGUGUGUCCGAGGUAUGAAAAGAAUAUGGAAACAUGGAGGGGGAGAAUGGAGAGCCAUGGAUUUGUGGGGAUGAAGCUGAGUUCUAAGUGUUUGAUACAGGCGAAGCUUCUUUUGAAGAUUAGGAAUACACAUUAUUGUCCUCUUUUUGGAAACGGGGAAGGUGGAUGGUUUAGAGUUUUUGAAAGGGAUGAGGGGAAAGCAAUCUCUUUAGGGUGGCAAGAUAGGUGUUUGCUCACGGCCUCUGCAUGGCACUGUGUAUGAUAAAAUUAUUCCCUGGUUUCUAAUUAACACACUCAUCACUUCUACAAACUUUAUUCAAUAAAAUGUAUAUUCGUCGAUUUGUUUCUCUCCCUAAAUAAACAUAUAUGUUUAUGUCACUUCAUUCCUUAUAAUUUCUUCAUACAUAAAUUUGAGAGCUAAGAAAGGACAAAUUUUCAA